AUGGGUGAGUUUCCGCUUACUCAAACUACUCAAUCACUGGGUCAUAUAGUUUCCUACGUUGGUACUAUCAAAACUACUCAAGAUGCGUUGUUACUAAUAGAAGCAUGUCGACAAGAAAUAAUACCGACAAUAAUACGUAGACUAACAUCAUACGAGCGACUAAAGUUUAUAAGACCAUACUCUGUAUUUAUUUGGAACGAAACAAUGUGUGGAAUGAAAAGAUGGACCGAUGGCAGAGUUUGGUCACCUUCAAAAGUAUACAAUGGGAAUUUUCUUAUAUACAAAGAGUUGAACAAGGAUGAAUCUAAAGAAGGAGGACCCAGGUUGAUCAAACAAUCGUUUUCUUUAACUACUAAAGAUGAUCAAAAAUAUCAUAUAAUUUCAUACUUGCCCCAUAGUAGCGGGAAUGGCAACAAAGAGGAUAAACAAAAUGACUUUGGGGAGUAUGAGGAUGAUGUGAAAGUGCCUUCAAAAGACUUUGAAUUGGCUCAUUUGACAUUAUCAAGUGAUCACUACCCGGGGAUCAUGUUGCAGAAUUUAUACAAUACUUCCAUUUCUAACAAUACACCGGUGAAGAAUACUUUGAGGCUGAGACUGUUGCUGAGACCGGUGCUGAGACCGGUGCUGAGACCCGUGCUGAGUCCGAGACUGAGACUGAGACUGAGACUGUUGCUACAAUCUAACCGGCUCAUUGAUUCACCGCUACCAACACUGCCUUAUCAACCACUGCAAUAUCAACCACUGCAAUAUCAACAACACAUGCAAGACCUCAAUCAAGAGGAGGAGUACACCAAGCUCAAUCAGCGACAAAAUGCCCUAUUUACAUUAUCUUGUCAACAAUUGCAGCUAGAGCCACAACUACAAGAACCACAAGAUAUACUUAUCAAGAUCAAGCCACAAUCGCCAUCAUUGCCUCUACUCACACCACAACAGUUGAGAUUUAACAACCCACGCACAAACUAUUGCGAUAGUCAAGUGCUUGACUUGUUGAAUAAAGAAUGGAUGAAGAAGUAG